AUGUCUCUACGACAACGUGUCGUCCGCGUGGCAGAGACUUGGGCCAUUGCCGCCACCAUCCGGGAGUAUCCGCAAGAAGACCCCUGGCUAGGAUCUGACACUAGGCGACCAACCACACAUUCCAUCUAUCUCGAAUUGGCGAUGCGGGGUAAUCUCAUUGGGAUUCGGAGGAAAGACCCCGACUACAACCCCCACGGCGACGGCUGA